AUGUCGAAGAACGGUGAAGCGGCUAAUGCGCAGCCAGUUGAGCAGAAGGGACCUCAAGCUGGCCCGGACGACCAGCCCCUGCAUACAAAUUCUGACAAUUUACGUUCACACGACCAGUUACUGGCCUUGGUUGCCGAGAGCAAGGCAAAAGUUAGGGCUCUAUCCCCAGAGGAGCUCAGAGCCAGGUGGGGUGGUCCCGUUAGGGGGGUCUCACCCGCUAGAGCUAUGGAUAUUCUGGAUGAGCUGGAGAGGGAUGACGAGGCUUCGGAGUCGGAAGAGGCAAGAGGAGGGAAGCCGGAGGUGACCGAGGAUAAUCAGGAUGAUCAAUACAAGACUGCCCCAGGGGCCGGAGGUGCACAAGAUGAGAAGGAGAAGGCGGCGGAGGAAAAGCAGGAGAGCGAAGUCCUGUCAGCCUCAAAGUCCUAG